AUGGCUGUGCAGCUGCGCAACAACACCAGCCUGGAGUCGCUCGUCAAAUCCGUCGAGCAUCACCACGAGCAGUACCUCCGCAGCCUCCAUACCUUCCACCAAGUCCUCAACCUCCACAAGAAAGACACCACCAUCCAAGGCCUCGCAACGACGCCGCCUCUGCGCGCCUUCACCUUUGCCAGCGACGCAAACAGCAUCUUGCCCCGUCUUCGCCGCGACACUCCCGACACCCACGAACGACCAUCAUGUUACCCUUCGCCCAAGUUUCUGCCGCUCACGCCGCAUUUCCAGGGGAGCGUGAUUCCAGAUGACGAGAUUCCCUUUAUCCCGCUGCUGGAUCAGGCUUCUUCCAUGCAGGGAUCUCGCCCCGACGCAGCGGCCGUUUCGUCGUCUCAUGUGCAUCGGGCGCUCACUCCGAUGAGCUUCUCGGACGACAUGUUGCUUAGGCACCUUCGCGACUCGGAGUUUUGCCAAGAGUUUGCUGGUUUGCUGGUUGAUGAGGAUGAGCCUCUGCGGCCGUGGGACAUUGACUCGCCGCAGUCGUUUUGCGAGUUUGCCGCUGUUGAGAGGGAGCGCUUUGGAAGUUCGACGUUUGAGGUGUACGAGGUUGGGGAGGAUGCUCGGGCAGUCAAGACGAAUGUCGACGUCGAUGCGCAGGGUUUUGUCAGAUACGUUGGUGAUGAAUCGCUAGAGCCUCCGGACAACAUUGUCGAUGCUCCCAUCGUGUGGGAGGCCAUCAAAGACAUCAACACCAGCGGCAAAGCCGUCGGUCGUAUCACCAUCGUCCAAGAACCAACGCCUCUUAUGCUCGCCGCCUUGCACCUCACCAUGUCACCUCACUUCGACAUGACAGAACUCCUCCAUCAUCUCCUAUCCGACACCCCCAACCGCGGCCGAACUCACGCCUUCAUGCACCGCGCCUACGAACGAACUCCCUCGGCAUAUCCAUCCUCUCCAAUUCUACCGCCUCCAUAUCCCUCCAACAUCAUCAAAGACGCUCCCCCCGUCUCCUUUUCCCACCUCCGCCAGCGAUCCUUCUUCUUCGUCUUCAAAUACUACACCCUCCUCGGCGAGGGUCUAGAUCCCGCUCCCUGGCAGCUCUACGAAAAACGCCCUUCGGACAAACGCCUCGGCGACCACAUCGACAUUGCAGAGUGCGGCUCCGUCCUCGCGCUCUCUCUCGGCGGCGAACCCACCAAGACGCUCAAGAUGCGGCCGCGCAGGGAACGAGCCAAGGAAGGCUUCCUCUUCGACACGUUUGGCCCUUGGCAACUGCUCAGCAUCCAGAGCUUCCCCGAUGACGAGCAUACCGUCAGGGGAGACGACUUUCAACUCAAGAGUUUCUGCAACGGGCCGUAUGCCUUCUUGGAGCUGCUCAUCGCAGAGUACCGCGACGCCGGCAAGAGAAACCAAAUCUUGCACGAGCGAAUCACCAAACUCAUCACCCCUCCUAUACGUCUCUUCUCGCAAAAGCCAGUCAGUCAUUUGCUAACCUCUUGUCAGACAGAAUUCAUGUUCGACCACCGCCUCCGCGACAAGCUCCUCUUCGAAGACAAGCACUUCACCUACAUCCGCCGCUACUUCUGGGCCUACAACACCCUCGCCGUCAUCAACACGGGCAUCAAGGCCAUGAUCGCCGCCUACAUCGACACCUUCGUCGACGACUUCUGGGCCGGCUCGCACCCGCUCCUCUGGCCGCACCCGUCGCCGCCGCAGAACCCCGACGCCAUCGAGUACGCCGCGACAAUGGCCGUCCUGCGCAGGGAGCUCGACAAAGUCGUCAGCGACCUAGGCGAGGUGCUCAAACGGAAUGAACGCACAAGGAAGGAGAUUGAGAAUCUGAGGGACCAACUGUUCAGCGGGAGCUCCAUCAAGGAGAGCAGGAGGGCCAUUGACCAAGGUGACAACAUUCGCAUCUUGACCAUGAUCAGUAUGCUCUUCUUGCCCCUGACUUUCGUCACCUCCGUCUUUGGCAUCACAGAAUUCACCAUCCCCGUGACAGACUGGCGCUUCCCCCUGACCAUGGUCCUCGUCUGCGUCCCCUUCAUGAUCCUCCUCUACCUCAUCCAAACCCGCCCCUUCAUCCAGUGUCUCCAAACACUUCAGCGUGCAACCCACGCUUUAACUCACCUUCCCACGCGUCCCCUACGUCUCUUGCUCCAAUUCCGCGAACCGGAUCCCUCUGCCCAAGACGGCCGCGCCGCCUCCACGCCUUCGUCGCCCAAGACCCGCAAGAGGAGGCUCGUGAUUAGGAGGCGAGGCGGAGGCGGUGGUAAUGCAUCGUGGCGCCGACCUUGGGCCUGGAUGAGGAGGGCAGCUGGCGGCGAAGAGAGCGACUUGGGGAGAGUAUAA